UCUUCUGGGGUUCUGUUUUUCUACCUUGAAUGCUCAAGUUUUUGUUCAGUAUUUGGAAUUUGAAUUGAAAUUGUAGCCGUGUGUCUGUCAGCAUCAAGGUUUCAUUAUUUGGAUAUUGUGUGCAUGAUUGAAAAACCACACUGCGAGUUUUCUUUCUUUCUUUUUUCUUCAUUUUCUUGAAUCGAUUCUAUCAUGGGGUACUCUAGCUUUUAAUGUCGGAACCUGGAAAAGUGUAAGCUAGGACUGAAAGAGAAGGGCCAAGAUCUUUCCAUUCAACCUUAUUCAUUCCUGCAAGAUUUUCUACUAUAUAAUUAUUACUGUCCCCUUUCCAGAAAGCUUAAAUAAAAAAAUCUGGUUUGGUUUGACAUCAUUGUCCAGUGUAUCCUAAGCCACAGUUUUGUGAAGGCAAGAAGAUACAACAUGGGUGAGACUCUCCGGACUGUUUUCUGUGGAAGCUCCGGAUGUUGGAGUAAAAUUGGAAAGAUAUGCAGUUCUGGGUUCCUAGCCAUCAUCUGUCCAUGUUCAUGUCUCAAUCAUAUUUUGGUCAUUUCUGUUGACAUCAUCCUCUUGUUCUUCUUAUUAUUGAUCCUCAUAUAUAAACCAUCAGCUACGAAGAUCUUAUCCCCUCAACAGUCUCUAAGCUUUUCCACAAUGCUAAAUUAUGCGGCCUUUCUUAAUGGUAGUUUGGGGUUGGUUUAUCUGGGUUUGGGGUUCUGGAUUGUGGGAGAGAAGCUGAUUGAAGAGAACACCAUUCUACAUUUGCAUGGUUGGUUAAUGGUUUUAUUACAAGGCUUCACCUGGUUUUUUCUGGGUUUAGCUGUGAGGUUUAAAAGGCAUCAACUUCCACAUAUUGCAGGGCUGAGGCUCUGUUCAGUACUUGCAUUCUUUAUUGCAGGUUUUCACUGCGUUACAUCUUUCUGGGAAGCUAUUGUGGGUGAUGCAGUAUCAUUCAAGAUGAUUUUAGAUGUCAUGUCUUUUCCCGGAGCGAUUCUAUUGAUGUUCUGCACUUUUUCGGGACCAAAAUAUGCCGGAGCUGAUUCAGAAAUUGAUGGUGCUGCCUUCUACGCACCUUUGCCUGGUGAAGGAGGCAGUGGUGGUGAUAAAAUCAAUUCAGAUGCCAGCUUACCUCCUUUCGAGAAGGCGGGGCUUAUUAGUAGACUGUCAUUUUGGUGGUUGAAUUCGUUGAUGAAGAAGGGUAAGGAGAAAACUCUUGAGGACAAAGACAUUCCACAACUAAGAAGGGAAGAUCGAGCGGAAAUGUGUUACUUGAUGUUCAUAGAACAGCAGAACAAGCAGAAAAAGAAGCAGUCACUCGACUCUCCUUCCAUUUUGUCGACUAUAUUGUUGUGGCAGUGGAAACAGAUUUUGAUUUCUGGCUUCUUUGCAUUGAUGAAGGUGCUAACACUUUCUAUUGGGCCUCUGUUUCUUAGAGCCUUCAUCCUGGUUGCUGAAGGCAAAGAAGCUUUUAAGUAUGAAGGUUUCGCACUGACAGGAGGGCUCUUCCUUACUAAAUGCUUAGAAUCGUUAUCAGAGAGGCAAUGGUUCUUUCGAACUAGAUUGAUUGGGCUCCAAGUGAGAUCGUUUCUAUCUGCAGCCAUCUAUCAGAAGCAGCUUAAACUCUCGAACCCUGCAAAGGGGUUGUAUUCCCCUGCUCAGAUCGUGAGCUUUGUUACUAUUGAUGCUUACAAAAUAGGUGAAUACCCGUAUUGGUUUCACCAGAUAUGGUCAACGAGCCUCCAGUUGUGUCUGGCAUUGCUUAUUAUUUACUAUUCGGUGGGGCUUGCAACUAUAGCAGCUCUGUUUGUAGUAAUAUUGACAGUAGUUGUAAACUCUCCUGUGGGAAGGUUACAACAUAAGUACCAGAAAAUGCUCAUGGGAACACAGGACAAGAGGCUGAAGGCUUUCACCGAGGCACUUACAAACAUGAAAAUUCUGAAGCUGUAUGCUUGGGAGACUCAUUUCAAGAAUGUCAUAGAACGGUUAAGGAAAGAGGAAUUCAAGUGGUUAUUGUCAGUUUUGUCACAGAAAGGGUACAUUGUGAUUCUGUUUUGGUCAUCUCCCAUUGUAGUAUCAGCUGUUACUUAUUGGGCAUGCUACUUUCUUGGAACUACUCUCUCUGCUAGCAAUGUUUUCACAUUUAUGGCAAGUUUAAGCAUUGCCCAGGAGUCAAUUAGGUUAAUCCCUGAUGUCAUUUCAGCAUUCAUUGAGGCCAAGAUUUCGUUAGAUCGGAUUGCAAAGUUUCUUGAUGCACCAGAGCUGCAGAACAAACAUGUAAGGAAGAUGGGUGAUGGGAAGCAGCUCGAGGAAUCCAUUUUUAUCAAGAGCAACAGAAUUUCAUGGGAGGAUAACUCUACAAGGGCUACGCUAAGGAACAUAAAUUUGGUGGUUAAGCCUGGGGAAAAGGUAGCUAUUUGUGGAGAGGUUGGCUCAGGUAAAUCAACACUAUUAGCUGCACUUCUUGGAGAAGUUCCACACGUUGAUGGCAUAGUUCGAGUCUAUGGAAAGAUUGCUUACGUCUCCCAGACAGCAUGGAUUCCAACAGGGACCAUACAAGAAAAUAUUUUGUUUGGGUCUGCUAUGGAUCCUUACAGAUACAGAGAGGCUAUUGAGAAGUGUGCCCUAGUGAAGGACCUUGAGAUGCUUCCAUUCGGCGAUCUCACUGAAAUAGGAGAAAGAGGUGUUAAUCUGAGUGGUGGACAGAAGCAGCGGGUUCAACUGGCACGUGCAUUAUAUCAGGAUGCAGAUGUGUAUCUCCUGGAUGAUCCAUUUAGUGCGGUUGAUGCCCAUACUGCAACCAAUCUAUUUAAUGUAAGUACAGUUCUCCUUUGUCAGAAAUUAUGCUAUGCUUUCAGAGUGAACGCUAAUGCCUGUUGUGGCCAGGAAUAUGUCAUGGGAGCUCUAUCAAUGAAGACGGUCAUACUUGUGACCCACCAAGUGGACUUCCUCCCUGCAUUCGAUUUGGUUUUGUUAAUGUCCGAAGGGGAGAUCCUGCAAGCUGCUACCUAUGACCAGCUGAUGCACUCUAGUCAAGAGUUCCAGGACCUUGUCAAUGCACACAAUGCCAUGGUUGGUUCUGAGAGGCAACCUGAGCACGAUUCUACCCAGAAAUCUAAAAUUCGGAAGGGAGAGAUACAGAAGAUUUACACUGAAAAACAGUUAAGAGAAACAUCCGGAGAACAGUUAAUUAAGAAAGAAGAAAGAGAAAUGGGAGACACUGGUCUGAAGCCUUACCUACAGUACUUGGAAUACAGCAAGGGAUUCUUGUACUUCUUUUUGUCAACUCUAUCUCAUGUCAUAUUCGUUGUUGGGCAGUUGGUGCAAAACUAUUGGUUGGCUGCAAAUGUCCAGAAUUUUAGUGUUAGCCAAUUGAAACUGAUUGCAGUAUACACAGGGAUCGGAUUAAGUUUGUCAUUCUUUUCGUCGCUCCGGUCUUUUUUCGUUGUUCUUUUAGGCCUUGGGGCAUCGCAGUCUAUUUUUUCUACACUGCUGAGCUCUUUUUUUCGAGCACCAAUGUCCUUUUAUGACUCAACACCUCUGGGAAGGAUACUCAGUCGGGUAUCCUCUGAUUUGAGUGUGGUUGACCUUGAUGUGGCCUUCAAAUUUAGUUUUGCUGUUGGGGCAGCUAUUAAUACUUAUGCCAGUUUUGGAGUGUUGGCUAUUCUUGCCUGGGAAUUUGUGUUUGUCAUUUUACCAACAAUUUAUCUUAGUAUACUCAUCCAGAGGUACUACCUUGCUACUGGAAAAGAGUUGAUGCGAAUCAAUGGCACAACUAAGUCUUUCGUUGCAAGCCAUCUUGCUGAGUCCAUUGCUGGUGCUAUGACAAUUAGAGCUUUCGGGGAGGAAGAUAGACACUUUUCAAAGAAUUUGGACUUCAUUGACAUAAAUGCAAGUCCAUUCUUCUAUAAUUUCACAGCAAAUGAGUGGUUGAUCCAACGCCUUGAAAUACUAUGUGCAAUCGUUCUCUCAUCUUCAGCCCUUGCCCUAACUUCUCUUCAUACGAGUGCUUCUAAAUCUGGAUUUAUUGGAAUGGCAUUAUCGUAUGGUCUUUCAAUGAAUGUAUUCCUUGUGUUUUCCGUCCAAAACCAGUGCCAUUUAGCAAAUAUGAUUGUUUCUGUUGAAAGAUUAGAACAGUACACGAAUAUUCCUAGCGAAGCCCCAGAAGUCAUAGAGAGUAAUCGACCACCAGUCAGUUGGCCUGCUAUUGGUGAAGUGGAAAUUUAUGAUUUGAAGGUCAGGUAUAGGCUCAAUGCUCCUCUAGUUCUUCAAGGAAUUAGUUGCAAAUUUGGAGGAGGACAGAAAAUUGGGAUCGUUGGCCGGACUGGUAGUGGAAAGACAACUCUUAUCAGCGCUUUGUUUCGUUUGGUAGAGCCUACAGAGGGACAGAUAAUUAUAGAUGGCAUAAAUAUUUCCACAAUUGGGCUACAUGAUCUCAGAUCACGUCUUGGGAUCAUUCCACAAGAACCAACUCUUUUUAGCGGGUCUAUAAGAUGCAAUCUUGACCCUUUAUCACUGCAUACUGAUGAAGAAAUAUGGGAGGUUCUGGAAAAAUGUCAACUUCGAGGGGCUGUUCAAGAGAAAAAAGAGGGCCUGGACUCCUUAGGUAUGAAGCAUCAUACACACAGGUACCAUUCUUCGGACUCAAAAACUCUUGCUAACAAUCGAUCUGUCUGCCCUUCAGUUGUACUAGACGGAUCAAAUUGGAGCAUGGGCCAGAGACAAUUAUUCUGUUUGGGACGUGCUCUACUGAAGAGAAGUCGGAUACUAGUGCUUGAUGAAGCCACUGCAUCUAUAGACAAUGCAACAGACUCCAUUCUCCAGAAGACCAUAAGAACAGAAUUUGCAGACUGCACUGUAAUAACAGUAGCCCACAGAAUCCCAACUGUGAUGGACUGCACAAUGGUGCUUGCUAUCAGUGAUGGAAAAUUGGUAGAGUACGAUGAGCCGAUGAAGCUGAUAAAGAAGGAGGGAUCGCUGUUUGGGCAGCUUGUCAAGGAGUACUGGUCUCACUCUUCAAAUGGCAGUAACACCUCGGGAGAUUGGCUCUGAAACUUGAAACAGGUUUUAAAAGCUAAUGGUUUGCUUUUGCAGUUUUGAGUCGUUCUACCUACUGGAUAGUUUCAGUGUGCAAUAAUGAAUUUGAUUUCAAAACAUCGUCUCUGGACAUGAUCACCAUGUCUAUAAAAGGCUUCUCAAAGAUCUUGUGCUUCAGGUCGAUAUAAACUCAGCUGAUUUGCCCAAAUUUUAUUUUGCUCAAA